ACCACCACAACGGUGUGCUGCUGGACUGAAGAGAGGUGUAUUCAGCGGGCAGGAGAUCGCGGGGUCGCCGAUCAGUGCGCCUGGGCGUGAGUGCGAGCGAGUGGAAUAUGAAUGGAUGGCGGCAUGUUGGACAGAGACAGACUGAUCGAGUGUGGAAUGCGAUAUAGUAUGGAGAAUAGUGACGCACCUGUAAUUAGUGUGGCGAAGAUGUGCAGUGUUUUUGUCAAUAUCCUGAGCUGCGGGUCGUGAGAGUGGUAAUGAGUGUAAUUGACCUUGAGGCUUCCACAAAAAGACUUUAUCGCCGAAUUUAUAUAGUGUCUGGCCCAUAUAGACGGCAAUGAAGACAGAUAUUUAGAUUACAACGAUUGCUUGAAUGCAGCAAAAUCAGGCGCAACCACCAAAAACCCGCGAUUGGAAUGGAUAAUCGUUGACACUAGGCAGAGAGACAGAGAAUAAUAGAGAGCGCCUGUGAACUUGGUGACUGUUUUUGCGCUGAGGAGGACGAGACUUUUUGAGGAGCAGAAGCGAUGGCCCACUAUUCCAAUGGAGGCUAUUCCGGGGACGAGCACGACUCGCGGAGCGACAGUCGACCUGGCAGUGAUCUGGGCGACAAGCCGACGUAUCUGCUGGAGCACCUGGCGACGUUCACGGUGCACCAGGAGAGUGGCAUUGUCUAUCCAGCGGACGGGAUGCGACGAUUGCUGCAGCUGGAGAAGACCACGGGCAUUUGGUCGCAGAAGAUGCAACUGUGCCUCGAUAAACAGUGGAUCUUGAUUAUGGACUACGAAUCUGGGAAUAUUAUUGAGAAAUUCCCAGCGUCCCUCAUUCAAGAACCAACUGCUUUCACCAGCAACGAUCCAAUGGAGAUGUACAACAACAUUCUGGUGUUUAUCGUCGGCAAUGGUGGCAAUGGUUCUCGCUCUGAGAUGCACAUUUUUCAAUGCCAAAGUAUAUCAGCGGUGCAUCUGGUGGAGGAUCUGAAAAUGCUACGGACUGGAAAGGUCGUGCUGCAGCAUCGGGAGACACUGCCCACGCCGCCAAAUGCGAAGUCCAGCGCACGAUCCUUCCACACUGCGAGCUAUCAUCACGAGCAGGCGCACCACAAUCAGGACACAGACUCGGAGUUUGGCGUGAGUGCUGAGCGAGCUGGUCUGGCCGUUGGCCAUGAUCCGGAGACGAGUUCCACGUCCAGUGAGAAGUACGAGCGCGAUGUCACAGUGCUGAAUCACUGCUUUGACGACAUUGAGAAGUUCAUUGCGCGGCUGCAACACGCGGCAGCGGCGACGCGUGAGUUGGAGAGGCGCCGCAGGAAUAGGAAGUCAAAGAAGAAGGAUCCGGGAGAGGGACUGCUGACGCUGCGCACGAGACCGCCGCACGAGAAGGAGUUCAUUGACAUUUUCGCCAAGUUCAAGCUGUCGUUCAAUUUGCUGGCCAAGCUGAAGGCGCACAUUCACGAUCCCAAUGCGCCGGAACUCGUGCACUUCCUCUUCACGCCGCUGGCGUUGAUUGUGGAUGCGUCCCAUGAUACGUACUAUGAUCCCAAUUUGCCGGCGCGCGUGAUCAAUCCACUGCUGACGCGAGAGGCCAUCAAUCUGCUGAUCAACUGCGUCACGAGCAAGGAGACGGAACUGUGGCGAUCGCUGGGCGACGCGUGGGUGAUUUCGCGGGAUCAGUGGAAAGGACACGUGGGCUCCUACCAUCCGGUGUUCUUUGACGGCUGGUCGCCGGACUAUCCGGUGGUGGAGGAGCUGGAGAAUGCGACCACGGUGAGUGGCAAGAGGCAGAUUGACACCCAUCAGCUGCACUACGCGUCGGGCGGCGUGGGUGACUUCGACUACGAUCCGCAGCCGUCGAUGGAGAAGUACAGUGGCGGCGCACCUGCUAGUCCAGGCUUGAGGGAUAUCAGUGCGAGGAGUGACAUCUCGGUGGACUCCAUCGAGCGCAAUGGCGCGGCCGCGGCGGCUGCCAUCACGGCGGCGGUGGCUGGACAUGAUGCCAAUGGCAAUGACGGAUGGGUGGACGAGCUGCAGUCCCAGGGCGCAAAGAUUGUGCAGGUCACGUAUCCCAGGACGGCCAACAAUGACAAGGAGCUGACUGUGGUCCGGGGAGAGUAUCUCGAGGUUCUGGACGACAGUCGCAAGUGGUGGAAGGCCAGAAACAGCCGCGGUCAAGUGGCUCAUGUUCCUCACACAAUUGUCACGCCGAUCAACUACAGCGACAACGAUGUCUUCAACAAUCCUCUGUACAAUCAGAAUCGCGCCACAAUGGGCGGGAAUCCACAGGAAAUGGAGUCAGGACCUUCGAUGAUGCCGCCUCCGGGCUCAGCGGACUGGAUUCGGAAUAAGCAUCUGGGGCGCAGUAGUGGGUACCAUUCAGAGUCCGAGGAUGAUGACAUUAACCAUGCGAACCAAACAGUGGCGAUCAUUAAUCGCCAGUCAAUGACUAAUAAGCCGCCUCCGCCACCGCCGCCGCCCGUCCCGUCGACCUCCGCGCCAGUGUCGCGGGCCACUUCCAGGAAUAACACCCUGUCUCGCCAAUCGAUGGGCAUGCAGCAGAAUGGUCAGGAGGAGAUGCAGGAAGAGCUGCGUCACGUGCUGACGCUCUUCCGUGAGAAGAGACGCGGUCUGGACAUCAUGAAGACCCCUGAGAUCUUCAUUCAGCAGUCAUCGACGUCUGCCGAGGUGGAGAAGUGGCUCAAAGCCAAAGGGUUCAGCGAGCAUGUGGUGAAGAGACUCCACGGGAUCAAUGGAAAUGAGCUGUUCGCCCUCAAGAGAGUCACUCUGGAGGAGUAUUGUGGUCCUGACGAGGGCAAACGCCUUGCGUCACAACUCACGGUGCAGAGGAAUGUUUCAGGGUACAAAACCGCAAGGAGUUCCGAAUUGCAGGCCAUCUUGGCGAAAGCGCGCCAAAAGACAGAAGUGAAGGCUGAGGCGAAGGACACUGUCCAGGAUUCACAAACUAGUCUGUAAUGAGGGAUUCUUGCGAUGCUGUACAUAGAUUAUGGGUGUCAAGUGGCCUUUUAUUGCAUCAGGAAGCAUUGAAAAUAUACGAAUUUAGAAAUUGUAAGUGUGAAUAUUUCAACGGUUGCUCACAUUGAAUUU